CCUUCUUCCUCUUUCCACCGGUGCUGAAUAGCGUCGUGUGGACUGACGGUUGCGGAUUCGGUGCGUCGCAGGCGUAUGCAUCACGGGAUGUAAACGGAUGCCCACUUAGAAGUAGCAUUUAUAAACCGUACUUUAUUAUUACGUGGGUAGUCACGGAACAGGUGGAAAAAAACCUCGGUACUUUACAGCACCGGAGCGGGGGGCAGUUUCGCUGGAGAGAGGAGGAGGAGGGAGGGGGAGAUCUCUGGCAGCCCGAUUGACACGGCAAAGCAGAAAUGGCGGAGCACCACGCAGUCAGCGACAGCAAGCACAAAGCGUCCGCUAAUGCCGGCAGCUCGGUGCACGGAAACAGCCGACCGGCUGCAGCCGGUGCAGCGGCCGGAAAAGGAGGCCUGUCCGGCGGACUGACACAGCCGGCGGGGUGGCAAUCGUUACUGUCGUUUAGCAUUCUCUUUCUGGCCUGCCUGGCUGGAUUCAGCUCCAGACUGUUUGCCGUCAUUCGCUUUGAGAGCAUCAUCCACGAGUUCGACCCGUGGUUCAACUACAGAUCAACGCAUCAUCUCACAACUAAUGGUUUCUAUGAGUUUCUCAACUGGUUUGACGAAAGAGCGUGGUACCCGUUGGGAAGGAUUGUGGGUGGCACGGUAUACCCGGGUUUAAUGGUGACAGCCGGGCUUAUCCACUAUGUGCUCAACCUGCUUCACAUCACGGUGCACAUCCGAGACGUGUGCGUCUUCCUGGCGCCGGUAUUCAGCGGCCUCACCGCCAUCUCCACCUUCCUGCUGACGCGAGAGCUGUGGAACCAGGGUGCAGGACUGCUGGCAGCCUGCUUCAUUGCCAUCGUCCCCGGCUACAUCUCUCGCUCCGUCGCCGGCUCGUUUGACAACGAGGGCAUUGCCAUCUUUGCCCUGCAGUUCACCUACUACCUCUGGGUGAAAUCCGUGAAGACAGGCUCAGUGUUUUGGACGAUUGGCUGUUGUCUCUGCUAUUUUUACAUGGUAUCGGCAUGGGGAGGAUACGUGUUUAUCAUCAACCUGAUUCCCCUCCAUGUGUUUGUGCUACUGCUAAUGCAACGUUACAGCAGAAGAGUCUACAUCGCUUACAGCACGUUCUACAUUGUGGGUCUUAUAUUAUCCAUGCAGAUCCCUUUUGUUGGCUUCCAGCCAAUCAGGACUAGCGAGCAUAUGGCUGCUGCUGGUGUGUUUGCACUACUUCAAGCUUAUGCUUUCCUGCAAUACCUGAGAGACAGGUUGACCAAACAGGAAUUCCAGACACUCUUCUUCCUUGGUGUCUCUCUCGCCGCCGGCGUGGUCUUCCUCACAGUGAUAUAUCUGACAUACACAGGAUACAUUGCUCCGUGGAGCGGGCGUUUCUACUCUCUGUGGGACACUGGCUAUGCUAAGAUCCACAUCCCCAUCAUAGCAUCCGUUUCAGAGCACCAGCCCACCACGUGGGUCUCCUUCUUCUUCGACCUUCACAUACUGGUCUGCACAUUCCCAGCAGGCCUGUGGUUCUGCAUCAAGAACAUCAAUGACGAACGAGUAUUUGUGGCCCUUUACGCCAUCAGCGCUGUGUAUUUCGCUGGCGUGAUGGUGCGACUCAUGCUGACGCUGACUCCGGUGGUGUGCAUGCUGUCAGCGGUGGCUUUCUCCAGCGUCUUUGAACAUUACAUGGGAGAUGACACAAAGAGAGAGAAACCCCCUGCUGAAGACAGCAGCGACGAGGACGACAAAAGAAAUUCCGGGAAUCUCUACGACAAGGCCGGCAAAGUACGCAAACACGUAUCGGAACAGGAGAAAGCGGAGGAAGGUCUGGGUCCAAACGUGAAGUCCAUCGUCACCAUGCUCAUGUUGAUGCUCCUGAUGAUGUUUGCUGUCCACUGCACCUGGGUCACCAGCAACGCCUACUCCAGCCCCAGCGUGGUGCUCGCCUCGUACAACCAUGAUGGGUCAAGAAACAUCCUUGAUGACUUCAGGGAGGCCUACUAUUGGCUGAGACAGAACACAGACGAGCACGCACGCGUCAUGUCAUGGUGGGACUACGGUUACCAAAUAGCAGGGAUGGCUAACAGGACCACACUGGUUGACAAUAAUACAUGGAACAACAGUCAUAUAGCGCUGGUGGGGAAAGCCAUGUCUUCCAAUGAAAGUGCAGCCUACAAAAUCAUGAGGUCCCUAGAUGUCGACUAUGUGCUGAUUAUUUUCGGCGGCGUCAUAGGUUACUCGGGAGAUGAUAUCAACAAGUUCCUGUGGAUGGUGAGGAUAGCUGAAGGGGAGCAUCCUAAGGACAUCAGGGAGAGUGACUACUUCACCCCUCAGGGAGAGUUCCGAGUGGACAAGGACGGUUCGCCGACUCUGCUCAACUGCCUCAUGUACAAGAUGUCCUACUACCGAUUUGGUGAAAUGCAGUUGGACUUCCGAACGCCCCCCGGCUUUGACCGUACACGCAAUGCGGAGAUCGGCAACAAGGAUAUUAAAUUCAAGCACCUGGAGGAGGCCUUCACCUCAGAGCACUGGCUGGUCAGGAUCUACAAGGUCAAGAACCUGGGCAACAGGGAGCCGCUGGACCGCAAGCUUCGCGGCAUCGUUCCCAAACAGAAGUACACCUCCAAAAAGACGGCCAAGAGGAAGCGAGGCUUCAUCAAGAACAAACUGCUCCUGAAAAAAGGCAAGAAACUCCAAAAAAAGUAACGCUGACGAACUGUCCGAGGAAAAAAAAACAAAAAAUGCGAAGCAACCUCUUGACAAACAAUGAAGAAGAACACCGGGGUGGAUCAUGUGGCACUUGAGCUCGAAGCGUUUCUCAUUGGAGCGCCCCCGUGUGGCGAGGAAGGUGAAGUGUCAAAAUCCUGGCUCGCUCCAGAAAUCCUUGUCCAUUUUAUCUUGUGUGGGGGGGGGGGGGAUUUUGUCUUGCUAAUUUUCUCCAAUUUUUUUUUUUGUUUUUUUUGUUUUUUUUUACUUUGUACUUGAAUGUGUGGCGAGGCAUCGGGCUGCUUUGUUGGUUUUUUGUCGAUUAAACAUUUUUUUUGUGGUACACCAAUGACGUGCUUAUCAGUGUGGGUAACAAAAUAGGUGGGGGGAGGGGGGGGGGGGGUCAUCGCACCAAAGAGCCAUUGACUUGACCUUGCUCCAUGGCACAUGUGAACUCACAAAGAAGUGCGGGAAGCGCUCAGGGCUCGUUCCUGACACGUUUAUGCGGUAUGGAGGAACGUCAGCGUCUCGGCAUGAAGCCCCGCCUCUUGGAAUUCACUUCAGAAAUCGAUCGCUGUAUUUUAUUUUAUUUUUUUUUCGUAAACCAAUUGGCCUGAUACGUCACUUUUCUGUAAAGAUCAUAUCAAAUAUAAUAUAUUGCUUUCUUGUGCGGAUUUAAAUAUGCACUUCUGUCCCUUAUUUUGGGUGUUUUUGUAUGACAGCAACUGGAGCGGAGAAGGCAAUAAUUCUUGUACAGAGAGGGCCUUGAGAUUUUUCUUCAUGGAUGGAAUGAAUGUGAAUUUUUUUUUUUCUUCCUAAUGCUGUCCAACCCCAUCCCGCAUCCAUACAUGCUUAGAUUGUACACGUUUGUUGCUGGGGCUUCAGCAACAGCAAACAAAAAAAUAGUAAUAUUAUUAAAAUUAUUCAAGUAGGCCUCCCUUCCUGCAGAGGGAGCUCUCUAGUUUGCGUGAGCAAGUCUAGUGCCUCUUCGCCGGUCGUCAUCACCUGUCAUAUUUGCCGUAUUCCUCCAUAGCAGCGGCGGGUCGAGGAAGGCGGUCUCGCUAACUGGAAACGGGGUGUAACGGGGGGGGUUUGACACGGAAUAUCAACGACCAUCAUUCUGUCUUUAGCUUGGUUCUUAAGGUGUCCGCUUCUCAAGUAGCAUGCUAAGCGGUGUUAGUGCCACACUGAAAUGAAAGAACAGCAUAGAAAAAUACAUCACUGCAUGCAAGUAUAUUUUGACUAGUAUUUUGCCAAAAACAAAAAAUAAGGCAUGUUUUAUUUUUUUUUGUAGAAAAAAAAUCAAUUUCUGGGAAUGCUAUCAUGAGAAAAAAAAUCUAAAUUUAAGUUGAAAUAGUCCAAGAAUUAUGUUUGUAUAUUACAGGUAAAUUGUAGUAACUUUAAGUUAACAUUUAACAUAAAUAACAUAUUUACUGCAUAUCCACUACCACUUUUGAACACUAAAAUGUCAUGUGGCUUUCAAGUGAAUGGGAUUUAUGGGCAUCUAUUGCGGGUAGUUUUUAUAACUAAUAAACAAAUAAAAGAAAUUAGUCAAAAAAUAUCGUGACAUUUCAACUUUAUUUCUUACAAUACAUCUAUUUGGUCCUAAACUAUAACUUCUAUAUCGGUGUAAUAUCAUAUUUGUAUUCCUUCUUGGAGCGUCCAUAUUUGAUUCCCAUGAUGUUACUGUUUGUUUCAGUGUGGCACUAACACGGUGUGGUUAAGUAACUGCUAAGUUCAAACGUCAUUCAUACAAGUAUCACGUUCAUGUCUUAAAUCUUGUUUAUUUUUUUAAUAAUUAUUACGUUUUCAGUUAUGGAAAAUGCAUCGAAAAGUGAAGUUGCUGAUUAAAGUGGCAAGCUGAAGGCGUGCUAGCUAAAUGGGAUGUGGUACGGAUACUGUAACUUUAAGGUUGUCAUGUCUUAAAGGGAUAGUUGCCAUUUUUUGACAGGAAGUAGUGUGACAUCAUCGGAAGCACCACUUAUCCCUUGAGUCUAUAUUAUUUGUGUUAAAGAAAGUACUUCCGGCGAGUUGGUGGGUGGGGGUCACUAAAGUAAAGAGUUUGCUUCUCGAACAAAAUGCGGUUUAACAAGAAAAAGUCAGUUCUCACGAUUACUUUUUGACCCGGGAUGUGGUACUGGAUACGGUAACUUUAAAGUUGUCAUAUGUUAAAGGGAUAGUUGCCAUUUUUUGACCGGAAGUAGUAUGACAUCCUCAUCGGAAGCACCACUUUAGACCCUGAGUUCUCGUCUAUAUUAUUUGUGUUAAAGAAAGUACUUACGGCUAGUUGGUGGGGGGGUCACUAAAGUAAAAUGCGGUUUGACAUGGAAAAAGUCAAAAAGAUCACUUUUUGGUCCGUGUUUCACAGUGUUUAAGCGCACGUGUCAAUCACGGACAAGCUGUGUAGCGCGCAGGGAUACUUUUCUGACCCCACCAAUUAGCCGGAACUACUUUCUUCAACAAAAACCGACCCAAAUUGUUGACUGAGGAAGUGUGGGACGAUGGGUAAGUCAGACUACUUCAUGUCCUAAAAUCCCAACUAUAUCUUAAGACUGAAGAAAAUUUGGUUAAUCCUUAACACGCCGUACAAAUGUACUUCCUGCUUUUCUUGGUUUUACCUUUUUUUGUCUUUGUGCUUUUUAUAGGCUUCCAAAGCAUCGAGUCAGUCACAGCUUGCCUCCAAACGAGUGCAAAGCCAGCCUUAAUGUGAUGUGAAGUUCCGUGCCCUCCUAUUUUGUCUUAUUUCUAUUUUAUUUUCACAUUUGUUCAGGUUAGUGACAAAAACAACCCCCUUCCUUCACUUUCCUUUUUUUUUUGUCGCUCAGUGCCGUCUGUCCCUGACAGGUUUUUACUUUUUGGGGGGGUUAUUCUUUGAUGCAAUGUUUCUUUGACACUUCUUUUUUCCUUUCAGCGUUGACACUGUUGAUCUGUUUGUUCUGUCAUCUUUAAAUAUACAAUUCAAUGAAAGUAUCUUGUGUUGUUGUUAUUGCGGCCGCUGCGAUACAAAGAGUGGCCGCUAGGGGGCAGCAUUUGACUGAGGACAAUCAGUCUUGGUGAGCACGUGUUUCAUUUGAUGGUGGGUGCAUGCGGUUGACUUUAAAAUGAUAACAUCCGUUUAUUCAUUUGUUACAGUUUUGUCAACAUCGGUAAGUAACAUUCAUUUUAUACUCAUGUAUGAAAUGGGUUAUUGAAAUAAGAAUAGUUAUUAAAAUGACCACAAAAAAUGGAUUAAAUUGUUAGCAACACCAUAUUAUGUACUCACCUUUAGCUAAGGAUUUCCAAAAUGUACCUAAGGAUUUCCAAAAUGUACCCCAAGGGUCAUGGUUUGAACCCAGCCUGUUUAUCAGCGUCCGGCAUCUAAAAAUAUUUUUUAUAUCAUUCCCAAUUGUCCAAAAUUACAACUUUAUUCCCAUAAAAUGACAACCUAAUACAAAACUAUGGCUACAUUUAUGUAAUAUUCUUUUUUUACGUUUU